GCUCCCGCAGGACGGGGCCGCUGGCUGCCAGGGGCGCAGCACAGGGCCGCGGAUGGACCCUGAGCCCAGCGGUUGAGCCCGGCGUCCGUCCGUCCCACGCGCCCGGUGGGCUGCUGAGCGGCGGGGCCAGCGCAGACGGCAGGCAUGUGGCAGCUCCUGUUCCUCACGCUGAGCUGGGACCUGGUCCCGGCCGCCGCCCACAGCCUCCACAGGAGCAUGGACGGCGCGGGGCGGCGGCAGUACCAGGUGCAGCACGGCGCCUGCAGCUACACCUUCCUGCUGCCCGAGACCGACAACUGCCGCCCGCCCGCCGGCUCCUACGUGUCCAACGCGGUGCAGAGGGACGCGCCCCUCGACUACGACGACUCGGUGCAGAGGCUGCAGGUGCUGGAGGGCAUCAUGGAGAACAACACGCAGUGGCUGAUGAAGCUGGAGAGCUACAUCCAGGACAGCAUGCGCAGGGGCGUGGCCGCGCUGCAGCAGAGCGCCGCGCACAACCACACGGCCGCCAUGAUGGAGAUGGGCUCCAGCCUCCUCAACCAGACCGCGGCGCAGACGCGCAAGCUGACGGACGUGGAGGCCCAGGUGCUGAACCAGACGACGAGACUCGAGCUCCAGCUCCUGGAACAUUCCCUGUCCACCAACAAGCUGGAGAAACAGAUCCUGGACCAGACCAGUGAGAUCAGCAAGCUGCAGGACAAGAACAGCGUCCUGGAGAAGAAAGUGCUCGACAUGGAAGGCAAGCACACAGUGCAGCUCCAGUCCAUGAAGGAGGAGAAGGACCAGCUGCAGGUGCUGGUGUCCAAGCAGAACUCCAUCAUCGAGGAGCUCGAGAAGCAGCUGGUGACGGCGACGGUGAACAACUCCGUCCUGCAGAAGCAGCAGCACGACCUCAUGGAGACCGUGCACAGCCUGCUGACCCUCGUGUCCACGUCGGGCGCUAGGCCGGCCCCGGCCGCGAAGGAGGAGCAAGUCACUUUCCGAGACUGCGCGGAGGCCUUCAAGUCCGGCCUGACCACCAGCGGCGUCUACACGCUGACCUUCCCCAACUCCACGGAGGAGACAAAGGCCUACUGCGACAUGGAGUCCUCUGGGGGCGGGUGGACCCUCAUCCAGCGACGAGAGGACGGCAGCGUGGACUUCCAGAGGACGUGGAACGAGUACAAAGCGGGCUUCGGGAACCCGGCGGGCGAGCACUGGCUGGGGAACGAGUUUGUCUCCCAGGUGACCGCCCAGAAGCGCUACGUGCUGAGGAUCCGCCUGGCUGACUGGGAGGGGAACGAGGCCCAGGCCCUGUACGAGCACUUCUCCCUCUCGGGCGAGGACCUCAACUACAGGAUCCACCUGAAGGGCCUCACGGGGUCGGCCGGCAAGAUCAGCAGCAUCAGCCAGCCGGGGAGCGACUUCAGCACCAAGGACGCGGACAAGGACCGGUGCAUCUGCAAGUGUGCGCAGAUGCUCACGGGAGGCUGGUGGUUCGACGCGUGUGGCCCCUCCAACCUGAACGGAAUGUACUACCCGCAGAGGCAGAGCACCAACAGGUUCAACGGCAUCAAGUGGUACUACUGGAAGGGCUCGGGCUACUCGCUCAAGGCCACGGCCAUGAUGAUCCGGCCUGCGGAUUUCUGAGGCCUGCGCCUGCGGUACCCCUCCACCUGAACCCAGGGGACACAGCUGCGUCGUCCCUCCACCCCAGAGGGACAUGCCCGGGGCCUGAGUCAGAGCCCUCGAAACUCCCCACGGACACCUGCCCUGCUUGGCAACCCCAGCACAGCCCGACCUUCACCUCGUGACCUGCAGGCGUCUGCGCAGAUGAGCUUAAGCUGCAAAUGAGAAGGUGGCUCGCGGGCUCCGUGUCACACCGUGUCAAGCACAUCAGUGAAUAACUGGAAACAGCUCUGGGCUCCGGGGUCGUCUGGCUGCACCCACGCCCCACCCCGUGCACAGACUCAGGGGCUCCCUGGGAGGGUCACAGUGUCUUUGCCCUCCUCUUGGGUGCUUUACAUUUUCAUCUGAAAAUAGCGUAUUUGCAUAGGCGUCGCCAGCUUAGUUCUAAGCUAAUGCUCAAAAACACAUGUCAAGUUUAUACGGAGAAAUUCCCAGGAUGUAUUCUUUUAUUUUAUGUAAAGAUUGUACUACUUUUUUUGCUGCCUGUUAACUAUG